UGGAUUUUUCCUUUCCUGGUUAGUUUAGAUCAUUAGAGAAGAAAAAAGCUAUCUAACUGAGCCACCUGUCCUGGGUUCUGCCUGUCCUGGCAGGAAGCUCAGGACCCUGGGCUGGCGGGGAGAGUGGGGAUUCAGAACAGCGUCCCAAAGGGCGGGUCCUUUCCUUUCAGGGGUUCCAUCCGGCUGUGAGAUUCCCCAAGUCUUCAGACUUGGUCUACUCAGAUCCAAGGUCCACCCAGUCAAGAAUAAACUUCAGGGGAAAUUAAGUGUAUACGUGAAUGCAAACAUUCUGCCUUUGUGAAAGUUAAUUUUUUUUUUUUUAACCACAGUAAUGAAGAGUUGGGUGACUGUCCGUUUCAGAGCUCUCCCACCUCGUCAAUAGGUGCAUUAUGAAAACCGGGAUGCAUUGCAUCACUGUGAAGGGCUUGAGACUGUGGUUUGCGAAAGCAGAAUAAAUUUUCUUGGAGUUGUACCGUUAUGUACACACACACACACACACACACACUCACACGCCCAUUGGCAGACAGGGCCACACCUCACGGCUCCGGGGGAAGCCACAGACCUCAGCUGUACAGGCUGCGCCUGGGCUGGAGGAACUUUCCGCAGGACUGAGGACAAACAGCCCCACAGACCCGACCGUCUGCAAGCCUGAGCCCCGGGCGAGCCCUGGCGGCUGCAGGUCCCCCGCCGCCCGCCCCAGCCUGGAACAUGGCUGCGAGCCCCGCCGCCAGCCUCGCCUGCUCGCUGCUGCUCCUCUCCUGGGCUCUGCUCCGCGGCGGCUGCCGUGCGCGCUUUGCAGCCGAGCCGGACUCGGAGGACGACGACGAAGAGGCGAGGGUUUUCCCCGAGUCGCCUCUGCAGAGACCCACGGUGCUGGUGGCCAUCCUGGCCCGCAACGCCGCGCACACGCUGCCUCACUUCCUCGGCUGCCUGGAGCGGCUGGACUACCCCAAGAGCAGGAUGGCCAUCUGGGCGGCCACCGAUCACAACGUGGACAACACAACAGAGAUCCUCAGGGAGUGGCUGAGAAAUGUGCAGAGAGUGUACCACUACGUGGAGUGGCGGCCCAUGGACGAGCCUGAGUCUUAUCCUGAUGAAAUUGGCCCGAAGCACUGGCCGGCCUCCCGGUUUGCGCACGUGAUGAAACUGCGCCAGGCCGCCCUUCGAACUGCGAGGGAGAAAUGGUCAGACUACAUUCUGUUUAUCGACGUCGACAACUUCCUGACUAAUCCACAGACCCUCAGUCUGAUGAUUGCGGAAAACAAGACCAUCGUGGCCCCCAUGCUGGAGUCUCGGGGCCUGUACUCGAACUUCUGGUGCGGAAUCACACCUCAGGGCUUCUACAAACGGACCCCAGACUACGUCCCGAUCAGAGAGUGGAAGAGGACCGGCUGCUUCCCCGUCCCCAUGGUCCACUCCACCUUCCUCAUUGACCUCCGGAGGGAAGCCUCAGACAAGCUGACCUUCUACCCGCCGCACCAGGACUACGCCUGGACCUUCGACGACAUCAUCGUCUUCGCCUUCUCCAGCAGGCAAGCAGGCGUCCAGAUGUACCUCUGCAACCGAGAGCACUACGGCUACCUGCCCAUCCCCCUGAAGCCCCACCAGACCCUACAGGACGACAUCGAGAGCCUCAUCCACGUGCAGAUAGAAGCCAUGAUUGACCGCCCGCCGAUGGAGCCGUCCCAGUUCGUCUCGGUUGUCCCGAAGUAUCCAGACAAGAUGGGAUUCGAUGAGAUUUUCAUGAUAAACCUCAAACGCAGAAAGGACAGGAGGGACCGGAUGCUGCGCACCCUGUACGAGCAGGAGAUAGAGGUCAAGAUUGUGGAGGCCGUGGAUGGAAAGGCACUCAACACCAGCCAGCUGAAGGCCCUGAACAUCGAGAUGCUGCCCGGGUACCGAGACCCCUACUCCUCCAGGCCUCUGACCAGGGGCGAAAUCGGCUGCUUUCUGAGCCACCACUCCGUCUGGAAGGAGGUCAUUGACCGUGAGCUGGAGAAGACGCUGGUUAUCGAGGACGACGUGCGCUUCGAGCAUCAGUUCAAGAAGAAGCUGAUGAAGCUGAUGGACGACGUGGACCAGGCUCAGCUGGACUGGGAGCUGAUUUACAUUGGUAGGAAGAGGAUGCAAGUAAAGGAGCCGGAGAAAGCGGUGCCCAAUGUGGUCAAUCUGGUCGAAGCCGACUAUUCCUACUGGACGCUGGGCUACGCCAUCUCUCUGGAAGGAGCGCAGAAGCUGGUUGGAGCGGAUCCUUUCGGGAAGAUGCUGCCGGUGGAUGAGUUCCUGCCAAUCAUGUACAACAAGCACCCCGUCGCGCAGUACAAGGAGCACUACAAGUCCAGGGACCUGAAAGCCUUCUCCGCAGAGCCCUUGCUCAUCUACCCCACGCACUACACGGGCCAGCCGGGCUAUCUGAGUGACACGGAGACCUCGACCAUCUGGGACAACGAGACAGUGGCCACCGACUGGGACAGGACGCAUUCCUGGAAGUCCCAGAAGCAAGGCCACAUCCAUCACAACGCCAAGAACACGGAGGCCCUGUCCCCGCCAGCCUCGCUGCCUUCAAGGGACGAGCUCUGAAGGCUCCGGCCGGCUCCACCCCGCCCCCACCCCCCCACUUCGGUCUCUCAGACGGCUGUGCAUCGGCUUGCUCCGGUUUCUUCCAGUGGCCCCAGGCCUCUAACCUAAGUGGUCGAUGGAAAGCAAUCAAUCAAAACUAAUAUAUUUUUGAGGGGAGGAGAAACUAGAAAUGUAACCCCGAAUUUCCCAGGAUGGCUGGAAGACAGGCUUUAUGGCAGCCAUUAAGACGAACUUCAGUGUAGAAACUAGGCCUCUGGCUCCUUCCCCACACGCUGCUGGUUCUCCCCUGAGGUUGGGGAGUGCAGCUCAGAGACCCGUCUGAGAAGGGUGACCGCCACACUGUCCGUGCACGAGUGGGCAAGGCAGCCACGCCGGCCGGGCCACGUGUGUGGUCCAGGGGCCCAUUUUAUGACAUAGACGUGACCCUAAAAACUCGGGUAGCUAACGAGUUUGUGGGAGACAAUCAAGUGAUUUAAAAUCAAAGUAAAGGGGCUUGGUGUUGAAAGAAAUUCUGUCGUGAGCCUUCGUGCAGACGGAGUUUUUGAUCCCCAUCUUUGUUGUCCAGCAGGGCGGCCAUCGGGUCCAUCCGAGACUUGGCCUUUCACUGUCCUGGUGACCGAAGCUCUCAUAACAAGGUUCCGGGUUGCCAUGGGGCACAGUUCAGUAGUUCUAAACUAGAGUUUGUGUAGAUGUUUGAGGGAAAAAGAACCCAGACCUUAACCCUUUGGAUUGUGGUCACUUGAGUUAGGAAGCUGUAUUUAUGAAGAUAGAUUUAAUAUAUAGGGGCCGGGCUGGCAUCUAAUUUCUGUCCUGGGGUUCGGCACGUCGGACGCUCCCCCCGCCUCCAGCCUGGGAAGGAGUUGCAGGCGGGAGUUUUACGAGUCACAGUUCAGGGGCAGCAGCUACUGUCCUUGCCUGAGUUUUUCGUUCUAGUUUGAAUUAUUUAUUUUACAAAACGGGGGAAAUACCUGCCCGGUGAGGCAGAGAAACGGAUGUGUCCAGCGUUUCUGUGUUCAGAGACCAAACACAGUGGCCCCCUGGGGGGUGGUCGGUGUGGGCAGCUGGCUCAGCCAGCGGUCUGGUUCUCCUGCCGUGCACGGGCGGACUCCUGUGUGGGAGGCUGGAACCAUCUGGAAACAGACAAUCCUCCAUUUCAGGUGAGAGACCUUGCUCAGAGACAGUGGGCUGAUCAGCUGACGCAGGUCAGCCACCGGGAAGCUCUCUGCGCCAGGUCCUGGGCAGACGCCCUCUCUGCUGGCCUCACAGGCUGAUUUUCUGUGAAGGGUGGGGUUGGACUGCAUUGUGUCUUCUGGGAUCCUCGGCCGUCUCAGGACGGUUUGCUUCGGGUUCAUGUUCAUGUGCACACGAGCAGCAAAGCUUUGCUCUGGAAAUAGCCUCCGCAGCGUCCUGUCCACAUCUUCCUUGGUGAUCUCCCGGGGGCCCUGGUGAGGGUCCCCAGCUGCAGGACGGGGCAGCCGCCUUCCACAGAACACCGGUCUCGGCCUUCCUUCUUGGAGUAUCACUGAGACUCCUCUAUGUUGACCAAUAAGCCAAGACACUGAGGAAAGGGAUCUCGGCCAACUCCGGUUUCUACGGCUUAGACACAGCCAUCAGAGCGUGACUCUUUUUUUCUAGGAGAAAAAAAAAACGAAAGAGAAACCUGGAGAACUUGUGAAAAACCCUUAGGUGAUCUCUAAGGUUUCCUUGGGUGUUUUGUAUUUUGUUUGUGUAUUUCAGUCUGUGUGUGUGUGAUGUUUAUGAUACUGUUUUAAUGGGGUGGGAGGUGGCCGGGUGUGGAGCGUGGAGGAGGUCUGAGUUGUGUUUUCGUGUGGUUUUGUUUAAUAGGGAACAUUUUUUUCCCCCAUCAGCUGGUCUGAUGGGUUUGCGAAUUCCCAUUCUUAAAAGACAUGGGUCUUAAAUUCUAGAGUUUUAGAUUAGGACUGUUCUACUGUGAAGAAAGUUCUGGCUCUCUUAGCCCAGCCACGGCGCCUUUCCGCUCGGGUCUGGGCCCAAGCAACGUUCUCUCGUCGCAAACACUGCGACCUGCAGGCCUGGCGUUCCUCUACCGAGUCGUCUCUUCGGCGGUCCAGGGGGUCCUCGGCCUCACCCUGCACCUGCCUCCCCUCCAGGCUUCAGCCAACACCUCUGCCCUUCGAGGUGUCAGAGGCUUUGCCUCCAGCUCUGGCCCCUGCUCCAGCCUCUGAAAUUAAACGCCCCCCGGACUCCCCAUCCUGACCUGGAUCUUGGGGCCCAAAGUGGAGUCCUCUGGACAGACGGCCCUGACCCCAGCGGGGCUGGCGCCGCCGAGCAUGGACUACACAGACCUUGCUUUGGGGUCCUCUGGGGCUGGCCACAGGGACUUGGGGACGGGAAAGUGCUGGCACCCCAGCGCCCUACACUGUCUGUCAUGCUGUGCCACUUCAGGAGAGGACGUGAUAAACUACUACUUGCCUUCUAGAGCUCUUUGUAAAAA